AUGCGUUCCGACAAGACCGCGGCACAGGGCGAUGAAAUGAUAAAGGACCCGAGGAUAUUUCCGACCCAGAUCUUCAUGGCUUCGUUGCGCGAAGGUGUGGACAGUGACUCGCUUGCGUUAGCGGUGGAGCAAGUCGCUCACCUUGCUCGGGCAACCAGCGGGCUCAUUGUUGUCGACCAGCGACUGCUCGCCAGAUUGAUGAAGGAGUUGGGAAGCCACCCGGCGCGAUUCAGAGUGAUAGAAAAGCCCUUUGGGGUGUUUAUGUUCUGGGUCGGUGUUUACACGUUCCAGAUACUUGGUUCAUGGGCGCUCGGCUAUGGCAUCGAUCAAGCCUUCAAGCACCGUUGA